AUGCAAGCUAAUAACAACCCCUUUAUACCUGUCAUUUUAAGAAUAACUGACCAAUGGUGGUCUCAGGUUGAGCUGUUGGCAAAGAAGUAUGAGGAAAAGUAUAUGCAGACAGGAGAUGUGACUUCUAAACUGACACUGGAUCAGUCUUUGUUUCGGGAUAUUCAGGAGAGAAAGAUGGAGUUAUAUAAUGCAAUUGUAAAAAUGGAACAAGGUGAACUGUCAGAUGGUGUGCUUCAGGAACGUGCCGAGAAAAUACAAACUGAUCUGGAUGAACUGGUAAAAGCUUUGAAUGAGAGGUGUAAGGAUAGUGGUUUACGUUCAAAGCCCACUUCACUAGCGGAACUUCCCUUUGGUAUGAUCAGAUUUAGAAUUACUGGUUAUCAUUGACAAAGUUUUAUUUGG